AUGGAGUUUAAAAGCCAUAGUUUCUACGUAACUGCAAUAUCAAAAUUUGCAAAACGUCCCUAUCAUCAAUACUUUAAAAAUAAAGAAAUAACUUCUUGGAACUUGUACGACUUUUUACUUUAUAGAUUCAAACAACGUGAUUUUAAUAUCGAUUCACGGAUGGAAAGUGGAUAUUAUCUGAGUUUUCUAGAAUAUUUUAAAAAUGAACAUAGUGAAGAAAGCGAAUUUCUCAUAAAGGAAUAUAAGAAUUGCGUGACAACAACAAAAAUAAAGAUCUGGUGGGAUGUUAUCUCCGGAAAUGAUGUAGAAGAACUUCAAUUGGCGAUUGAUACAGCAUUGAACUUAAAAGAUAAUUAUUGUCAAACUGAGUGUGUAAAGAAUGAGAAGGUUCCAUUAUCAAACAGAUUGGAUCUUUAUGAAAUAUUUAUAGAUCGAAUAAAUUCAAUAGAUGAUGACGAUAUCAAUCCUAUUAAAAGUAGCAUUAUUUGCGUUUACAAUUUCGACUUUCGGCUAAAAAAAAAAUUAUCUAAGGAGGAUUUGGACCGUCUAUCGGAAAAAUUACCCUUUGCUGUCAACCACCUUAACGAUUCAUACGUUAAGAAAUAUAUUGAUGAUAUUUUAGCCUGGUAUACAGAUUUAAACACCGCACCACUGCGAAUUAAUUCAAAAAAGCCGGAAAUUUCUCCAAAUUGCAGCUAUGAAGAAAAAAUACAAUGUAAAAUAUAUCAAACCAUAUUGAACCAUAUGGAGCAAUCAAUUUGGUUAAAUUCUUACAAAGUGGAUAGAAUUAGUGAACAACAAUAUACAGCUGAUACAAUCUAUAGCUUUAUUUUCAAAUCCUUAACGCAUAUUAAUGAUAAACUUUAUACAUUUUUUGGAGAAAUAACGUCAAUCGGAUCUUCGCAAAGAAAACGGAUUUAUAAAUUGCUUGGGUUAAAUAAGAAAAAAAGUGUAAUUGGUCGUCGUUGUGAUUUGCUUUUAUGUGACCAAUAUGACUAUGUACAUUUAGUUGGUGAAGUAAGCGGGCCACCUUUGAAAAAACUUCCUAACAAGGAAAGAUUCGACCUUGGUAGAAACAAUCGCAAUGCGAAGGAUGAAAAGAGCCUUUGUGAAUUGGCUAUAGUGGCAGAAUUCGGACCAAUUCUGGAUGAAUCAGACUUAAAUAUUUUAUUAAAUGAAUUAUAUGUAUUUAUGAUUCAAGUAAAACAAACAUCCGUAUUGGACCAUAUGAUGCAUAAAGUCUAUCGUUCAAGACUCUUAAAUAAGGCUGAAAUUCCCCUGGAGAAAAAGAACAUUGAUAAAGUUGACUUUUUACAAUUUUUAUUUACUAUUUACGAACUGAUUAUCUUUGUUGCUGAAAAUUUUAACAAAUUAGAAAAAUUAAUGAAUGAACUUUCAAGAAAAAAGCAAGAGUGGAUAGCCAAAAACGUUAACGUUGAUUUUGAUACCUUGAAAAUAAGCGAAGCAGCAAAAAAACUGGUGCUUUCACAAGCAAUUACCACAUCAACUCCGUCAUCAUCACCAAGUGACAAUUCGACUGGUUCUCCAAAAGAAUCAAUAGUUAACCUACUGGAUUUUUUUAUAACACCAUUACGGGCUAAGGAAACCCUGAGGGAAAUGAAUUCUUUAUUUUCAAAGGAACAAGUUUUUGCCAUAGAUAAUACUAUUCUUCUUACGCCUGAACGAAUGCCAAUGAGCACUUAUGAUGACGAUUUAAUUUCUGACAUUCAAAUUUAA